AUCUUGUGUUCUUCCUUCUUCUGCGCUGUGUUGAGUUUCAUCACGACUGCCGGACGGUCGGUUCGCUGAUAGAUUCAGCCAGCACAUACAUGUGAAGGAUGACUCGACUGGUUCCGCCAUCCCUUCUCGGCGGCGCAUCGGCGGCAGAAACACCCAAAGGUCAGGGCUGAGAUCAUACAGAAGAACCACGAUGCCGAAAUCAGUCAACCCCUUGCUUUUACGGAGGAGCACCUCUUCUCCCAUAUCUCCUAAUAAGCGCACGAAAAGCGCUCCAAAGGACGAGGACACCGCGCAACCACUAGACGACACAGGCCGAACGCCAUCUCUCGCUCCCUCUGGCGUAGCUCAGGACGCGCGGACUCUCAUCCGCCACGUUCACACGCAGAUGUGGGCGGACAUCCCUGACCGGGCGGCGGGAAUGGGCAGCGAGCGCAUCAGCGAGAUUCUGCGCUUCCGUCGCGCUCUCCCGAAGAUUGUUAGCGUGGUGCAUCUUCAUGCGCUCAGCGUGAGCACGACGGAAUCAGAGCGGGAGCUCGCGAGACUCGUCGCCAUGGGCCAAGUGCGGAAAGUCGUCAUUCCUGGCCGUGGCAAGGGCGGGGCGGCUGUUGGUGAAGGGGUGAUUUUGGUGGCAGAGUGGAAGAAGAGUGUGAAUGAGUGCGGUCAGCUUUCUGAUGAACUGAAAGAAAAAUACCUCCGUCUCAUGGACGAGCACCCCACCUCUGCCGCUGUGCCGACGUCUUCCAUGUCGGAUGCAGAGGUGAGAGAUCUGGUGACCGCAGGCUACUUUACAUCUCCAGCUGCUCUGGUAUCCGCUGGUCUGAGCAAUCUCUUCGCAUCUCCGGGCAGCUCAUCACUCAGUGGGCUGCCGCUUUCCGGCACUCGCGCGGCAACUGGCACGCUGGCCGCAAUUGGAGGCCAAGGCGCGGUUCACGAGAGCGGUGGGGGCGGGAGUACGCUCGCCACCCGAGACAACCGCAUGCCUCUCAACAAAUCACGACAGAUGACGUUCAGCUUGCCAGGGACGGGGGCAUAUCUCAAACUCCUGAUUGCCGCUCGGCAGCAUCUACUCUUCCUUCUGAAACAGACAUCGCCCCGCUUCCGAGAGGCGACGAUGGAGUUUCUGAAGGAAAAGUGGGAUGGCAAUGUUCCCAACGACGCUACGAGCCGGGCAAAGAGAGCGAGAGGCGAGUGGACUGGGGUGUUACCGGGCAAGACGAAGAAGUGGAAGGAGUUCUACGGACUCGAGUUUGAGUGGGUGUUGGCGGAAUGCGUAGGCUCCGGGCUGGUGGAGUGUUUCGAAACGGGCAGCGUUGGGCUGGGUGUAAGAGGCAUUUGAGAGUGGACCUUUCCCUCUAGGCAGCUACUUAAUUUCCCAUGUCUUCUGUCCUUUUGUAAUAGCUGUGUGUUGAAGUUGCAGUGAAAGGACUGAUCAAUAGGUGAAGUGCCCAAGGUCCGUGCGCCUCUCGCGUAAAUUGCCUCGCGUCUUCCAACCUCACACGCGUUGCCUCCAGA